GAGUCCAGGGCGGGGAAGGCGGUGUGGACCGCGCCUCCAGGAGGCUUACCUGUGUGUGCAGUGGGCGUCUUUCUCCCGGGGACCUGGCCCGUGUACCCCUGAAGAGGCAGUGAGCAGGAGAAAAAGGCACAGCCCCCCCCCCCCCUUCUGUGCUUUCCUGCCCUGGGGUCGCCGUGUUUGCAGAAUAAGCAGCCUCUGGGUGUCAGAGGCCAGGAGAGGGGGGCAUUCAGGAAUGAGAUUUCUUUAGGGGCUGGAAGGAGGCAGAGAAGGCUUAUCUUUUCCUAGGGAGCUGAGGGAGCCUUGGUCGUUGCGUUCGGGGCUGUGUAUGGUGUUUGGCCUUGGGAGGGAAGAGAGUGUACUUGCUGAGACGCACAAGUUUGCUCCUGGGAGGAAAGGAGGCAGAGAACAGUCUGGGCCAGGCGCUCUGCUAACGAAGCAUGGGGUUGUGUCGGAGCGAACGCUCCCACUCGGCUCCAGGGUGCAAGUUUCCCACCCAGCCAGGCCUGCGACCCCUCUGCCUGUCUCUUGAGACCAAGCCACCAGGUCUUUUGCGGUCCUUUGGGAAACGUGGUAUGGUGACGGUGCAUGCAGGGGGCGGGGCCGCUGUCUGGCCCUCCAGGGCCCUUCACUCCUGCUCGGAGUGGUGGUGUCUUCCGCAGAGCAGAAGGCUCAUCCGUCUCUGUCUCUGGCCACCCACAGAUCAAGCGGCUGAGAAGGAGGCGCCGUCAUCGGAGCUGCUAAGAUGGGCAUGAGGAUCAAACUGCAAAGCACCAACCACCCCAACAACCUGCUGAAGGAACUCAACAAGUGCCGGCUCUCAGAGACCAUGUGCGAUGUCACCAUCGUGGUGGGGAGCCGCUCCUUCCCGGCCCACAAGGCCGUGCUGGCCUGCGCGGCCGGCUACUUCCAGAACCUCUUCCUGAAUGCCGGACUUGACGCCGCCAGGACCUACGUGGUGGACUUCAUCACCCCCGCCAACUUCGAGAAGAUCCUGAGCUUCGUCUACACGUCGGAGCUCUUCACGGACCUCAUCAACGUGGGGGUCAUCUAUGAGGUGGCCGAGCGCCUGGGCAUGGAGGACCUCCUCCGGGCCUGCCACUCCACCUUCCCUGACCUGGAGAGCACUGCCGUGGCCAAGCCCCUCACCGGCCCCGGGGACAGUCACCCUGCGGCCCUGAGUUGCCCCUCAGCCGAACCUGCCCACCCGCUCGGCGAACUCCGCAGCGGUGGGGAGCACUUCGUCCCCGACAGAAGCUACGUGUUGCCCAGCGAUGCCGGCGGAAGCUACAAAGAGGAGGAGAGGAGCAUCGCCGGCGACACCGGCCACGGCCUGCCUCUUUCGCAGCCGCCGCUGCCACCAAAGACAGAAGACCACGAUGCUCCUGCUGCCUUCCCGUCCGUGCCCAGUGUGGUGGGCCAGCCAGCCCUGGGCACCGUCAGCACAGGCAUCCAGGCCAGCGCGAGCUCCUGCCAGCCGUACAAAGUUCAGAGCAACGGAGACUUCGGCAGGAACAGCUUCUUCACCUCCGACAACGCAGUGGACGUCACCACGGGGGCCAACUCCUGUGUGAGCAGCAGCGACCACUCCAGAGAGCCGGGCUUCGGGCAGGUGGACGAGCUGCAGCUCGAGGACCUGGGGGAUGACGAGCUGCAGUUUGAAGACCCCACCGAAGAGAUCGGGGCCCCGGAGGAGGUGAUCGAGCUGAGCGACGACAGCGAGGACGAGCUGACCUUCGGCGAGAGUGACAGCCGCGAGAGCAAGGCCAUGCCCUGCCAGGUGUGCAAGAAGGUUCUAGAGCCCAACAUCCAGCUGAUCCGGCAGCACGCCCGGGACCACGUGGACCUGCUGACGGGCAACUGCAAGGUUUGCGAGACCCACUUCCAGGACCGGAACUCCCGGGUGACCCACGUGCUGUCCCACAUCGGCAUUUUCCUCUUCUCCUGCGACAUGUGUGAAACGAAAUUCUUUACCCAGUGGCAGCUGACCCUCCACCGGCGGGACGGGAUCUUUGAGAACAAUGUCAUCGUGCACCCCAACGACCCCCUGCCCGGGAAGCUGGGUCUGUUUCCAGGGACAGCCUGCCCGGAGCUGAAGUGCGCUGCCUGUGGGAAAGCAUUGGCCAAAGAUUUCCACGUGGUCCGGGGCCACAUCCUCGACCACCUGAACUUGAAGGGCCAGGCCUGCAGUGUCUGCGACCAGCGCCACCUCAACCUGUGCAGCCUCAUGUGGCACACGCUCUCCCACCUGGGCAUCUCCGUCUUCUCCUGCUCCGUCUGUGCCAACAGCUUUGUGGACUGGCACCUGCUGGAGAAGCACAUGGCCGUACACCAAAGCCUGGAAGACGCCCUCUUCCGCUGCCACCUGUGCAGCCAGAGCUUCAAGUCGGAGGCCGCCUAUCGCUACCACGUGAGCCAGCACAAAUGCAACAGUGGCCUUGACGCACGGCCCGGCUUUGGGCUGCAGCUCCCAGCUCUGCAGAAGCGGAAGCUGCCGGCCGAGGAGUUCCUGAGCGAGGAGCUGGCUCUGCAGGGCCAACCUGGGAACAGCAAGUACAGCUGCAAGGUCUGUGGCAAAAGGUUUGCCCACACAAGCGAGUUCAACUACCACCGGCGCAUCCACACGGGCGAGAAGCCGUACCAGUGCAAGGUGUGCCACAAGUUCUUCCGAGGCCGCUCAACCAUCAAGUGCCACCUGAAGACGCACUCGGGGGCCCUCAUGUACCGCUGCACGGUGUGCGGCCACUACAGCUCCACCCUCAAUCUCAUGAGCAAGCACGUGGGCGUGCACAAGGGCAGCCUCCCGCCCGACUUCACCAUCGAGCAGACCUUCAUGUAUAUCAUCCACUCCAAAGAGGCCGAGAAGAGCCCGGACAGCUGACUGGCUCCCCGUGGAGCCUGGGGCAGCGCCCGCAGGGCAGCCAGGACGCUGGUUUUCCCGAUGGCCCUUGGGCCCUCCCCAGCCAACGUUGCAGUUUUGCCUUGCUAGGAAUUCUGUUCUGUGUUGUGUCGAAAGGAGAGAGAGAGAGCACACGAGCCGUUGCCAUCUUUUUAUGAAGCAGCGGCCCUAUUGCAUUUACCUCCACACCCGUUCUUGCCCACGAGGGGCGUUUCUGAUUCCUUGGAGGCUGGUUUUGGGAUCUGGCCAAGCAGCUGGUGUCAGCUAGGUCCCCUGCCCAGCCUCUCCGGUUUUAGUUUACUGAUAGGUUUUAUGCUGCUAAGAAUCCAACCGACAGCCUCACCGGAAGAGAGGAGGUAGAGAGAGGUUUUCGUUCACUGUGGGUGUUAGUGCCGGACCUCCGACCGCGACGACCAGCCGUGAGAAGACUGGGGGAAUGUGGUCGUGCAGAGAAGCCUGGGCAGCAGGCCCGCCCCUGCAGGGCCCAGCGCCAGCCCGCAGCAGGGCAAAGGUGUCAGGGAUGGAGGUGCCUGCUGGCUCCGCGGCCCUAAUCUGCUGACUGGACAGCGAGCAGCUUUGGGGCAGCUAGAUCCAAACUGGGGACAGAGCUUUCUGUUCAGGUCAGGAAGCUCUGGGAUGAGUUCUUGUCUGCCGGAAGGGGUGUCCUGCAGUGCCGCCUCGAGUGGAAGCCCGGAUGGACAGGAAGGGAGGUUGCUCUUUUCUUCUCAUUUCCAAAGAGACAUGCUUUUUUGCGGAGUGAUGGCCCAGGACGCCGGGGCCCCGCUGUGGGGCAAGAGGACGAGGAGCCACUUUGCUGGAGUCACCUGUCGCUCUGGCCAGCUCCGUCGGCCUUGAUUUCCUGGUGGGGAGGUGGGGAUGCCCCUGACAACAGCAGCCUUGCCUUAAUUUAUGUUUGUGCUCCACCCAGAGGUGUUUGGCCGGUAGCGGCGACGAGAAGAGCCCAGUAGGCAGUGGCGUGGUGGACUCUGAGCCCUCCAGGGUGAGAGGGACCCGAGUGCGUGGUGGUGUGUAGCAGGGUGUGUGUUCUGUUUGUCCCGGUUGGGCAACCUGUUGUUUACUUUGUGCUAACAGUGCGGCUGCUUUGGCCCGCUCACCUUUGACCUGCUGGAAAUUAUCCCGAUCUGUCUGCCCUUGCAUCACCUCCAGGGGGCGCUGUUGGAUGACGGCUGCUUCAGGCCCUCCCUGGAUGUCCAGGACCGCGGGACCAGUGGCUCCAUUCUUAGUUGGUUUUUGCUCAAGUCUUGCCCAAAGAAGGCUGGAGGGAGGGCCCCUGGACCUUGUGUACCCGCAAGGGGGCACCUCAGUAGCUCAUACUACCUCACCCUGCUCAGGAGAGCUCUGGGAGUCCCUGCCCCGGGGACCGUGCAGCACCCCGGGCUGUUUCACAAGCAGGUGUUUUAAGUAACCCACAGAGCCUUUUUGGACCUUACUAUUUAUUUAUUUGUUUUGUUUUGUUUUCGUAUACACAUUACCCAGCAUCUCUUUUGCAUAAGAGACUUCAGGAAAAUGCGUUUCUUCUCAGCAAGUAGCCAUAUUCCGGGGGACAGUCCUGCCUGGAGAUUGGAGGAACAUACGUGGAGGCUUUAAAACAGCAGGUUCUUUUCUUCUUCCCCACCCUUUGGAGUAGGUGUGAGUUCUGGAAAGCCGGGUAGAUUCCCAGACCCUCCGUGCCCCUUGUGUGGUCCUGGAGUCAGGAGAGACUGGGUUGGGGGGCGGGGUCAUACGCAGGGCCUCGUCCACAUGGAGACACGCGGGGCACCCGCAGCUCUGUCCCUGUUGGACCCCAGGCUGGGGCGCCUGGCUGGCUGCUGGGGUGCCCGUCAGAUGGAGGGACUUGUCCAGUGGCCAGUUGAGGGCCUACCCUUGACCCUCGCCACCCA